AUGGCCAUGCAAUUGCUUGGACAAGGCAAGACUCUCAUGGCCUUGAUGUUGCUGGUGGCUUUCGAGAUGUACCUCCGGCCAGGGGAGGCAGUGGAGUUGUGCAAGCGCCAUGUGGUAGCUCCAGUCAGGAUGGCAGGAAAACAAUACUCGACCAUCCAUGUGGUGAUUCGUGACCAAGCGGGUCUUCGCCCAGACAAGACUGGCACCUUCGACAACUCCCUUCCGUUCGACAAAGCCAAGACGGAGUGGAUUGGAGACGUCCUCUUGCGCAAAGCAAAGGAUCUGAAAAAGAAAGGCGACAGGAUCUUCAAUUUCAGUUUAGACGAUUUUCGGAAAAGCUUUGCCAAGGCGUCAAUGAGCACGGUGUCGUCUGGACGCCUUUUGCGCAGCCCUGUCCUUGGAGCUUUUGCGCUGCAGUCGGAACGCAGCAUCGCGGGAGUAGAUCACUUUGAUUUUGGUGCUGCUGAAGCGAACAAGGUGUUCUCCGCUUCUAUUCCUCCCGUGUCAAGUCGCCUGCAGUGGCAACACAUUUUGCAUGGUACCAACGGUCGUGCAGAUUCUUUGCACUUGAGCACGUCCUCUUUACUACCCUGGCCUUACAAGUUGUUGACGGGCGGUCAAAACUACAGCUUUUGGCCGGGACCUUUGUGGCCCAACUGCAGCAGCACUUUGCCGCAGUUCCCUUUCGUGGAUAUUUUUGCGGAGAAAGUCUUUUUCUUCGAAGGGGAGAGCGACUUAAAGAAUGCAGUGUAUCAUGACUGUGGCGCAGGAUGCCUGUACAAUGUAGAAACAGAUCCGGGUGAACAUAGAGAUCUUUCCUCAAACCCUGAGUAUGCCGGAUUGCUGGCUAGUUUGCAGCAUGAGCUUUCAGACCUGAAUGUGAAGACCCCAAGUGAGCCUGGUUAUGGGAACGAGCCAGCUGUGAAGGUUUGCUUGCAGGCAUUGAAGACAUCCACAUAUGGACCCUUUGUAGAUGCAGACCUAUUCUAUACGGAAUGGCCCAAUGGUGAGCAGCGGCCUUCCCCCGAACGUGCAGCAAAGGACUUCAAAGAGAUCAUGACCUUGCAUAAGAUGCUCUCAAACAAAACUAGCCGAGCUAUGAUGACACGGGAACUUUACUCACAAAUGACAGUUGAUUCUGGGACGACAUGUUCAGAGAAGUAGAUGACAGUAGAUGUCUGCAAAUGACAGACGGGAUCUUUCCAAUUCAGCUCUUUUGGG